ACACAAUUGCUCUUUACUUCAUUGUAUUGUAUAUUAAUUGAUAAGUGAGCUAUAAAAAUAUAUAAGUGCUUUCUAUAGUCAAUUCUGCUGCAUUCGUUUUUGAGUUACGAGAUUAAUCAAACCUGUGAAGUGCUUUAAAAUAAGUCAUUCAUUAAAAAUGGCACCAAACGAUAAUUUAACUGCUGUCCUAUAUGGAAUCGAAGAUCUAAGGUUGGAGAAUAAAGAUAUUCCAAGCAUUAAGGAUGACGAAGUCUUAUUGGAAAUGGAUUGUGUUGGAAUUUGUGGCAGUGAUAUUCAUUAUUUGGUUCAUGGAAGAAUUGGAGACUUUGUUGUAAAAGAUAAGAUGAUUAUUGGGCAUGAAGCAAGUGGAAUUGUUCAAAAACUAGGGAAAGACGUAAAAAAUCUUAAAGUUGGCGAUCGAGUUGCUAUUGAACCAGGCGUUUCAUGUCGUUUAUGUGAAUUCUGUAAAACUGGACGAUAUAAUUUAUGUCCCGACAUGAAAUUCUGUGCUACACCGCCUUAUGAUGGAAACUUAAGAAGAUAUUACGCUCAUGCUGCUGACUUUUGUUUCAAACUACCCGAUCAUGUCACAAUGGAGGAAGGAGCUCUUCUUGAACCACUUUCGGUCGGUGUUCAUGCAUGCAGAAAAGCUAAUGUUCAACUUGGCGACAGUGUCUUGAUUCUAGGCGCAGGUCCGAUCGGUUUAGUAAGUUUAAUUUGUGCUAAGGAAAUGGGAGCAUCAAAGGUCAUCAUAACUGACCUCCUUCAAUCGAGACUUGACGUAGCUAAGGAACUUGGUGCUGAUUAUACAUACGUAAUUCCAAAAGAUGUUACUGAGGAUGAACUUGUCAAGAAAAUUCAUGAAACACUUGGAAAUGCACCAAAUAAAUCAAUUGACUGUAGUGGUGCUGAAGCUACAAAUCGCUUAGGAUUACAAGCUACAGCAUGCGGUGGAUGUUUUGUUAUUGUCGGUUGCGGUCCACCAGAAGUAAAGCUCCCACUUGUCGCCGCUAUGGCACGAGAGAUUGAUAUUCGUGGUGUUUUUCGGUACGCAAACGAUUAUUCAGCUGCAUUAGCACUGGUCUCGUCUGGAAAAGCCAAUGUCAAGCGAUUAAUAACUCAUCACUUUGAUUUGACUGAAACACUCGAUGCAUUCGAUACAUCACGUUAUGGAAAAGGUGGUGCCAUAAAAGUUAUGAUUCAUUGUCAGCCACGCAACAAAAAUAAUCCAAAAGCCUUUUGAGAUCUCCAACCGAGUAGUUGCAGUUGAUUUUUUUCCAGUUUGUGGGAAAUGAAAAUUAAUGUUUUACUUUUUUUUGUGUGUGUGUGUGGAUAUCCAUAUAUACUCACAGUUAAAGCUGUCGACCAUAAAUCAUCCUUUGUGGCAUGAAUGCUGAACAAAUAGCCAAUAAAAGAAUUUAUUUUGUCGUGAA